AUGGAGGUUGCGGCCGGUGAUGCCGCCACGCGUAGCGUUUCUUUGCCGAUGUCGUCUUUUCGUAAGGAGUGGCAUGUUAUCCCGGAGCAAUUGCUUCGAAACUCUGCUAAUGAGGAGAUGGAGCGUUUGAAGCUAGGGCAAUGUGAUAAGAGAUUGAUAUAUGAGGUGCUGCAGCAGAUCGAGCCAGUGGACUUGAAUUUCUGCUCCAUUCCAGUUGAUGGAAGGUUGGAAAGUGAUAUUUUGAAUCAGAGAUUUUAUGCCAUUGCAAAACAAAAGGAGGAACUGCAGCAUGUGGAGAUUGAGCUCCAGGCACAGAUAAUUGCAGGAUCAGAGGUUAUGCAGAUGCAGAAUAAUUUUGAUGCUCAGAUCAAAGAGCAUGCAAAUGCCAGUGUCAAGCUUCAGGAGCAAUUGAAUGAGAAUGAACAAAUGAUACACCAGCUGGAGAGAAAGAUUGAAGAGAAAGAAAGGCAGUUGCAUGCCAUUAGAUUAGAUAAUGAAGUGGCUUGGGCCAAAGAAGAUCUUUUAAUGGAACAAAGCAAAGAGCUUCAGAGUUAUAGGAGAGAGAGGGAUAACUCUGAAGCUGAGAAGGCACAACAUAUUGAACAAAUUCACGAUCUUCAAGAACAUAUUCAGGACCAAGAGCAACGAUUCAUGGAGUUACAGGAACAGAAUAGGAUUGCUCAGGAGACCAUUCUUUUAAAAGAUGAGCAGUUAAGAGAAGCGCAAUCUUGGAUGGCUCGUGCUCAGGAAAUGAAUACUCUGCAGUCAACUGGUAACCAUACUUUACAAGCUGAAUUACGAGAACGCACAGAACAAUGUAAUCAGCUGUGGUUUGGUUGUCAAGCUCAGUUUGGUGAGAUGGAAAGGCUUCAUCUGCAUAUACAACAAAUCCUGCUUGAAUUGGCCGAUGUAAGAGAACAGAGUGGAAGUAAAUCUGAUCGGUCACGUGUCUCGCAAACAGGUUUAAAAGAUGCUUCUCAUGUUGGCCAGAGCAGUGGUAGCCAAGUGAGUGGAAAUUUUAUGCUGCAGGAGAACUCUGGCAGCCUACAACAUGAAAAUGCUGAAAGUGCUUCAUCUUUUCCUUCAGGAGGAAAUGCAACAACUCAGGUGCAACGACUUGUAAUGCAUCAACGAGGAUUUCCUCAUCCUUCUGUCCCAUCACAUGUGACCCAAUUUCUUUCACACUCAGUUCCUGUGAUGUCAUCUCAUCAACAUUGGCAGAGCCAUCUGGCUGCUGCAUCAGAUGGACAACAUAUGCCUUCUCAGGAACAGUAUCUGCAAACAGAACAAAACUCGUUCAGAGUGGAUGUUAAGAAUAACUACGAAGCAUCAAUGAAUGGGCAAGUUCUUAUUGGAAACAAUUUGGAGGCCAAUAGCAAUCAGGGGAUGGAACCUGUUUCUGUGGUUCCAUCACCGAAUGAAGAGGGACAGGUUCUCGAGUCUAUAGAUAAAAGCAACUACCCAGUUGGUGCGCAAUCUCAGCAGAGCUUGCAACAAAUUUCUUCCCAGUUUCAUGAGGCUCUCAGAUUGGAUUCUCUUGAAAACAAUAAUGAGAGAAAGGAGAUGAAUAACAAAAGUUUGGGGAUAGAAAAACCUAAUUCUACGGAUGAUGCAUCCUCUACUGGAGCUCCAAAUCAUGCUGAAAGUACACUUGCAAUUGGAAAACCUCUAGAGAGUGCUCUCCUCGAUGAAAGAUCAUUACUGGCUUGCAUUGUUCGUACAAUUGGAUCUGGUGGUAGAACUAGGAUUAGUUCAACGCUUCAAAAUAGACUUGGAAAAGUGCUGGCCCCUUUACUCUGGCACGACUAUAAGAAGAAGUAUGGGAACCUUGAAGACUUUGUGAUCAGUCAUCCUGAAUUAUUUGUAAUUGGAGGAGACUACAUUCAGCUUCGGGAACAUGCACAAGAAAUCAUAGCAGCCAUUGCAGCUGUUGCUGAAGUUACUGCUGCAGCGUCAUCUUCUUACUCAGUACAGGUACCUUCUGUAGCAGUCACUCCCAUGGCACAUCCCAACUGGUUGAAGAAGGCAUCCUCCCUUGAAUCCAUGUCUGCAAAUAUUGUCGGGAAACCAUAUCAGUUCCCAUCAACAAUGCAGAAUAAGAAUUUGAACGGUGUUUCUUUUGAUGUUGCUGGGGGCAUCUCGAAAAUUAAAAUUCUGAGCAAACCUAAAGAUCGGGUUGAAAGAAUCUGA